AUGAGAAGUGUGGUGGUAAGUGCCCUCGCGGCAGCAGUGCUGCUUGUGGCGAGCGGAGUUGAGUGUCAGGUCCAUCCGGACAUCAUCGAGGACGCACAUCUUGAUUCGCUUGGACUGUUGCGCAAAUACGGUUACCCGGCGGAAGAACACAUCAUCGAAACGGACGAUGGAUACCUGCUGGGAUUGCACCGGUGCCCGGGAAGCCCGCUGUCCCCGCCCGCCCCCGGCAAACCGGUUGUGCUGCUGCAGCACGGCAUGCUCAGCUCGUCCGCCGACUACAUCCUUAUGGGUCCGGAUACCGCCUUGGCGUACAUGUUGGCCGACGCCGGGUACGACGUGUGGAUGGGCAAUGCGCGUGGCAAUCGGUACUCCCGCCGGCACCGCUUCCGCAGCAACGAAACGCAAGUGUUCUGGGACUUUUCCUGGCACGAGGUCGGCAGCAUCGACAUCCCGAACAUGAUCGACUACAUCCUGGUGCGCACCGGCCAGCAGUCGCUGCAGUACGUCGGACACUCGCAGGGAACGACCGCGUACUGGGUGAUGAUGUCGCAGCAUCCGUACUACAAUCGGCGCAUCAAGAGCAUGCACGCGCUGGCGCCGGCUGCUUACAUGCACAACACGCGCAGCCCCUAUGUGUUGUUCCUGGCCACGUUCAUGUACACCACCGAGCUGAUGAUGUCGCUGAUGGGCACCUGGUGGUUCGAGCCGACCAACGAGAUGGAUAUUCAGGGUGGUCUGCAGAACUGUCACGAUGGCGCACCGUUCCAGGCCAUGUGUUCGAUCAACACGUUCUUGAUCGCCGGUUUCAACACGGAGGAAGUGAACUCGACGAUGUUGCCCGUUAUCCAUGCCCACUCGCCGGCCGGUGCCUCGUCGAUGCAGAUGAUGCACCACGCGCAGACGAUCCGCUCGCGCAUCUUCCGCCAGUACGACCACGGUGCGAUGAACAUGAUUCGUUACGGGCAGCUCACGCCUCCGGUGUACAAUCUGGCCAACGUUCAAGCGCCAACCCUGUUCUAUCAUAGCACGAACGACUGGAUGGCGACACCGGCUGACGUGGAGCUGUUGUACCGUGAGCUGCCGAAUGUGGUGAAACGGUACCUGGUGCCGUUGCCGGCCUUCAACCAUCUCGACUUCGUGUGGGCCAUCAACGUACGCCGUUUGCUGUACGACGAGCUGUUGGCCGAUCUCAAGGCGUACGCUUAA